AUGGCGUCGGCGGACGUGCGGUCCGUGCGGAAGUCCGCGGCGCUGCGGGCGCGCAACGGGCCCAGCAAGCUGCAGCCGGCGCGGUCCAUGCCGCUCGACUACAGGUACUCGACGGCAGCGGCGAACGGUACAGGCGGCGGGCCGGCGGCAAACGGCGGCGGCCGCCGAGCUGCUGCUGCGGAGGCGGAGAAGGAGGAGAAGGAAGGGGAGGUCGUGCGGUUGGAGGGCGACGACGCGGACUCGCCGUACAGCUCCAAGGCCGCGACGGCGGAGGAGGCAGAGGAGGUGGCGGAGAAGGGUGGAGGCGGAGAGGAGGUGGAUUCCGCGGCUGCGGCAACGCCGAGGCGGCUGUCGCCCACGGCAGCUGCGAGCCCCACCCAAGGCGACGCCAGGUGGGGUGACACCAGCUCGUACGGUGCUAAGAAGAAGCAUAGAGUUUUUUGUCAGCUUCCGAAUGGUGAUUGGGCAUUGUGCACUGUACUUACAACCUCUGGUGACGAGUCCGUCCUAAAGAUUUCUGAAGGGAAAGUAUUGCGGUUAAAAACAGAGAGUCUUCAACCUGCAAAUCCUGAAAUUCUUGAUGGAGUGGAUGAUCUUAUGCAGCUAAGUUAUCUAAGUGAACCAUCAGUACUGUACAAUUUGCAGUACAGAUACUCCCAAGACUUGAUUUAUACUAAAGCAGGCCCAGUUUUGGUGGCUGUCAACCCUUUCAAGAAGGUUUCACUAUAUGGUAAUGAGUACAUUGAUGCAUAUAGAAAUAAAACAAUGGACAGUCCACAUGUUUAUGCAAUAGCAGAUGCAGCUCUUCGUGAAAUGAAAAGAGAUGAAGUUAACCAGUCUAUAAUUAUAAGUGGUGAGAGUGGAGCAGGAAAAACAGAAACUGCAAAAAUUGCUAUGCAGUAUCUGGCUUCUCUUGGAGGUGGAAGUGGUAUUGAAUAUGAAAUUCUGCAGACCAAUCCAAUACUCGAGGCUUUUGGCAAUGCAAAGACAUUGAGAAAUGAUAACUCAAGUCGUUUUGGAAAGCUUAUCGAAAUUCAUUUCAGUACCACUGGAAGAAUAUGUGGUGCCAUGAUUCAAACAUUUUUACUUGAGAAGUCCAGAGUUGUACAAUGUGCAGUCGGCGAGCGAUCCUACCAUAUAUUUUAUCAGCUAUGUGCUGGUGCACCUGCGUCUCUUAGAGAGAAGUUGAAUUUGAAAAAGGUGGAUGAGUACAAAUAUCUCAAGCAGAGCUGUUGCUAUUCAAUUGCUGGUGUGGAUGAUGCUCAAAUGUUUCGAACUGUGACGGAAGCUAUGAACAUUGUCCAUAUCAGCAAAGAGGACCAAGAAAAUGUUUUUGCAAUGGUUUCUGCUGUGCUUUGGCUGGGGGAUGUUUCGUUCACAGUAAUUGAUAAUGAAAAUCAUGUUGAAAUCAUUGUAGAUGAAGCUUCGAAAACAGUCGCAGAACUCCUUGGCUGCAGUAUUGAAGAUCUCAAUUUGGCUUUGUCAAAGCGCCACAUGAAAGUCAAUAAUGAAAAUAUAGUCCAGAAACUUACCCUUGCCCAGGCCACUGAUACAAGAGAUGCACUGGCCAAAUCAGUCUAUGCAAGUUUGUUUGAGUGGCUUGUAGAACAAAUUAAUAAGUCUCUCUCAGUUGGCAAGCGCCGGACUGGGCGAUCGAUCAGUAUUCUUGAUAUCUACGGCUUUGAAUCAUUUGAUAAGAACAGUUUUGAACAGUUCUGCAUUAAUUAUGCCAACGAGAGGCUACAACAACAUUUCAAUCGCCAUUUGUUUAAGCUUGAACAAGAGGAAUAUGUUGAGGAUGGCAUUGAUUGGGCAAAGGUUGACUUUGAGGACAAUCAAGACUGUUUGAAUCUCUUUGAGAAAAAACCACUGGGGUUAUUGUCUCUGCUGGACGAGGAAUCUACUUUCCCCAAUGCCACAGAUCUUACUUUUGCAAACAAGCUUAAGCAACAUCUUAACUCGAAUUCUUGCUUCAGAGGAGAAAGAGGCAAGGCAUUUGCUGUUCGUCACUACGCAGGAGAGGUGGCUUAUGAUACUUCGGGUUUUCUGGAGAAGAAUAGAGAUUUAUUGCACAUGGACUCCAUACAGCUCCUUGCCAAAUGCAAAUCUUCUCUGCCACAAUUUUUUGCAUCUAAGAUGCUAGCUCAAUCGGAUAAUUCUAUAUCUGUUCCAUAUAGAUCUAGUGCUGCCGAUUCUCAAAAACUAAGUGUUGCUAUGAAGUUUAAGGGACAACUGUUCCAACUUAUGCAAAGACUGGAAAGUACAACGCCACACUUUAUUCGCUGCAUUAAACCAAAUAAUCUACAACUUCCUGCAAUUUACGAACAAGGACUUGUGCUUCAACAACUAAAAUGCUGUGGGGUUCUUGAGGUUGUCCGGAUUUCAAGAUCUGGAUAUCCAACUAGGAUGACUCAUCAGAAGUUUGCUAGGCGGUAUGGCUUUCUUCUUCUUGAGGAUGUUGCAUCCCAAGAGCCACUUAGCGUUUCAGUUGCAAUUCUUCAUCAGUUCAAUAUUUUGCCUGAGAUGUAUCAAGUUGGCUACACAAAAUUGUUCUUCCGAACUGGUCAGAUUGGCAAACUUGAAGAUACUCGGAAUCGUACUCUGCACGGUAUUUUAAGGGUUCAAAGCUGUUUCAGAGGGCAUCAAGCACGUUAUCAUGCGAGAGAACGAAUAAGAGGAGUUUUGGAUCUUCAAUCAUUCAUUCGUGGUGAGAAUGCACGACAAAUUUAUUCGUCUCUGUCGAGGAAACAUAGGGCAGCAAUUAUUCUGCAGAGAAGUGUGAGAUGUUGGCUUGCAAGACGGUAUUUCACAAAUAUCCGGAGGGCCUCGGUGGUAAUACAGUCUGGUAUUCGUGGUAGUCUUGUUCGAAGAUGUAACGGCAAUAUUGAUCUAAUAAACGUGUUAAGAGAGUUUGAAUCAAAACAGGAGGCAGAGGGUGACCAAAUUUUGAUCAAGGCAUCAGUCCUUGCUGAGUUACAGAGGCGGAUAUUAAAAGCUGAGGCCACAGUUCGAGAGAAGGAUGAAGAAAAUGAGAUGCUUCAUCAGCGGCUUCAACAAUAUGAAAACCGAUGGUUAGAGUACGAGCAGAAAAUGAAAGCUAUGGAGGAAAUGUGGCAGAAGCAAAUGCGGUCAUUGCAAUCAAGCCUUUCUGUAGCAAAGAAGAGCCUUGCUCUGGAUGAGACCCCUAGGAUGUCGGACUCAUCCGUGGAUCAGAGCUGGGAGAUCAAUGGAAACCAUGUUGGCAGUGGGUCUCAGCUGGUACCACGCACCACCGGGCGGGAAAUGAAUGCGGGGCUCAGCGUCAUCAACCGCCUAACAGAAGAAUUUGAGCAGCGGAGCCAGGUCUUUGCUGAUGAUGCCACGUUCAUAGUUGAGGUCAAGUCCGGGCAAGCGGAUGCCAGCCUGAACCCGGACAUGGAGCUCCGGAGGCUGAAGCAGAACUUUGACUCGUGGAAGAAGGACUUCGGCGGCCGCAUCAGGGAGACGAAGGUGAUCCUGAACAAACUUGGGAGUGGCAACGAGUCAUCACCCAACUCCGUGAAGCGGAAAUGGUGGGGCAGGCUGAAUACCUCCAAGUUUUCGUGAAUUUAUGUGUGAAUGCGAUGUGUAGAUGCGCCGGUAUUUUACACGCCGGCGCGGUUCCUAGCGCCUAGAGUUUAUAUUCUACGGGUGUUGUGAAAGUCCAGUGUGUUGGGCUGGAUUUGUGAUCCGUGGAGGGCGAGUUGUAUAGUUCUUCCACGAGGGCUUCCUUUGAAGUCAAGGACCACUGAGUUGUGAUGUAAUUACUUGCUGAAAUAGUUGUUAAAGGGAAGAUUGUGAGAUUGCUCACUGCUCCGCA